AUGGCCACUCAGGGCCAGGUUAUCACCUGCAAAGCUGCGGUGGCGUGGGAGCCUAACAAGCCGCUGGUGAUCGAGGACGUCCAGGUUGCCCCGCCGCAGGCCGGUGAGGUCCGCAUCAAGAUUCUCUUCACUGCUCUCUGUCACACUGAUGCCUACACUUGGAGCGGCAAGGAUCCUGAAGGCCUCUUCCCUUGCAUUCUUGGUCACGAGGCUGCUGGGAUUGUGGAGAGUGUUGGGGAAGGUGUAACUGAGGUGCAACCAGGUGAUCAUGUCAUUCCUUGUUACCAAGCUGAGUGCAAAGAGUGCAAAUUUUGCAAGUCAGGAAAGACAAAUCUAUGUGGCAAGGUCCGCUCUGCUACUGGUGUUGGGGUUAUGAUGAAUGAUCGCAAAAGCCGUUUCUCGGUUAAUGGGAAACCCAUAUACCAUUUCAUGGGGACUUCUACAUUCAGCCAAUAUACUGUUGUGCAUGAUGUGAGUGUUGCGAAGAUCGACCCAGCAGCUCCACUCAACAAAGUAUGCCUUCUUGGCUGUGGUGUUCCCACUGGUCUUGGAGCUGUUUGGAACACAGCUAAGGUAGAAGCCGGGUCAAUUGUUGCUAUUUUUGGCCUCGGUACUGUUGGCCUUGCAGUUGCAGAGGGUGCAAAAGCAGCUGGUGCUUCUCGCAUAAUUGGCAUAGAUAUUGAUCCUAAAAAGUUUGAUACAGCAAAGAAUUUUGGGGUUACAGAAUUUGUGAAUCCCAAGGACCACGAGAAGCCAAUUCAGCAGGUCCUUGUUGAUCUUACUGAUGGUGGUGUGGAUUAUAGUUUUGAGUGCAUUGGCAAUGUUUCUGUAAUGAGGGCUGCUUUAGAGUGCUGUCACAAGGGCUGGGGAACUUCUGUCAUAGUGGGCGUGGCUGCUUCAGGCCAAGAGAUAUCAACUCGUCCUUUCCAGUUAGUGACAGGCCGGGUCUGGAAGGGAACAGCUUUUGGUGGUUUCAAGAGCCGUUCACAAGUGCCUUGGCUUGUGGAAAAAUACUUGAAAAAGGAAAUCAAGGUGGAUGAGUACAUCACACAUAAUUUGACUUUGGCGGAGAUCAACAGAGCAUUUGAUCUGAUGCAUGAAGGAGGCUGUCUUCGGUGUGUGCUGGACUGCCAAGUCUAG